UCAACACUUUUAAAAAUAAUGAAGACUGUCACAGUUUUAGUUUUUCUUGCCUGUCUGCUUGCAACAGAAGUACAAGGGCAGAACAAGUUUCACAGAGGCAGGUGCUUCUGUGCUGACAAAGGAGUGGAUGUGGUUUUACUGAAGAACAUUGAGAAGUUUGAAAUCAUCCCUGCAAGUCCGUCUUGUGGAAAACAGGAGAUUAUUGUCACUCUUAAAAGCGCAGAACGGAAAUGCAUGAAUCCAGAGUCUAAACUCACCCAGAAUUUAAUCAAGAGGGCUCUUGGAAAGAUGGCCCGCCAGUAGAUGCACAGUAUGAUUCUGGAUUAGCUGCUGUGUUAUAAUACCACUGAAGAACAUGCUGAUAUCCAUGAAAUCAUACGCUAUAAGACUUCUAGUACACAGUUUGUAUGCACUGAAUGAGUCUGACUUGAAAGCGUACGUAAAAACUGUUGAGUAGUGUAAAUAUUUUCUGGAUUUAAAAGUAUGCAACUGACUGUGAAGUAAUUAAUAAUAAUAAUAAUAAAAUUAUUUUGUUUAUAUUCUUGGUUUAUGUUCAUAUAACUAAUGAACACUGUUGUUGCUGUUCUACAAUCCACUUAUGAUGUUUGUUAUUUAUUUAAUUACCAUCUGUGUCCACUAUCAAAA